AUGCAGGGAUUGGUACAGACAACAUCGAAUGGACCCCCUUCGCGCCAGCGAGGAGGUAGCCACGACACAGUGGCGCCGAGUUACCUGAGCAAAUCCUCAUUUGAAUACAUGUUCUGCGCUGGAACUCUCAUCCUGGCCGCUGCGUAUUUUGGCGCUUACGAUAUUGGGAAGGUUUCGCGUGAGAAUUACAAUGUUCUGGAGCACAAUCUGAAGCCGCCGUGGCCACCCUUCUGCUGUUUAGGUUCGAAAGGAAUGGACGUAACGGAUCGGCAGUGGUACAGCCUCACACGUGCACUCCCUGUCGUUUUACCGCUAUUUGGUUUAUUUAUUUACAUCUCGCGUCGUCUUCGUCUUCGUCUUCGUCAGCGUGAGAAUGGUUCGGGGGUGUCGUCGCUGUAUAUUUUGCACGUGGUCACAGGGAUGCUCCUCGGAUUUGGUAUUAGUGGGCCCCGCUUCGCCUUUGCUAUUCUUCUCUUUCUGGGGAACUACUAUGGUAUCGUGAAACUGCACGACAAACUUCCUUUCAAAGCGUACAUGACGGUGAUGUGGGUGGCGCACAUCGCUUUUCUAUUCAUCAAUCACUAUUUUGAUGGAUAUAGGUUUGCUUGGUUUGGUUUGAGAUUUCUCGACUCAUUGUGGGAACCUUUUAUGCGGUGGACGGUUCACUACAACAUGAGCGUACUACGCAUGAUUGCCUUUAACACUGAUAUGCAUGAAGCCAUUGUUUCUUGUGCUGAGAGACGUGAAAAGGCCUUGCAGAAGCAUGACACAUCAUGCAUUGAAUGUGCACAGAUGCGGGAGGCGUAUGCGCGGAAGGAUGGCGGCUCGGUGCCAUUCAGUUUGGACGCAGAGAGUUUGCGGUGCUACAAGUUCCGCACAGAGUACCCACGCAGCCCUCACGAGUAUAACAUUCUAAGUUAUUUUGGAUAUCUGUUUUACCCUCCGCUCUACAUCGCAGGCCCAAUGUCGUCAUUUAACGCCUAUGUUUCUCAUUUACAUAAGCCUACGCGGGCGCUUGAUGACGUGGGUUUGAAACGGUACAUUGUGCGUACUGUGGCCAAUUUCUUGUUGCUCAUCAUAUUGGCCCACUACGUAUACAUUAUAGCCAUACUUCUUGGUGAGCCGGUGUUUUCCUCCAUUUCCUUUUCGAGACGGGCGAUUGUGCUUUACCUGACACUUGGAUUUCUGUGGCUGAAGUUUAAUUGCGUGUGGAAGCUCUUCCGGCUGCUGUCGCUUCUGGACGGCAUUGACGUGCCGGAAGACAUGCGUCGCUGCUUUACCAACACAGUUAGCAUUCAAGGUUUCUGGCGGGACUGGCAUGCCUCCUUCAAUCUAUGGAUCGUACGCUACAUGUACAUUCCGAUGGGUGGAAGUAGGAAAAAGCAUUUCAGCAUAUUUCCCAUUUUCUUCUUUAUUGCGAUAUGGCACGAUAUUGAGAUUCACUUGCUGCAUUGGGCUUUGGGUGUCUGUAUGUGUCUUCUUGUAGAGCUUUUUCUUCUUCGCUACGUCGCCACUCAUCGAUGCACCACUCUAAUUCAGAAUAAUAGUCCACUGGUUUACUCGAUGCUGCGCAAUGCGGCAGGUGCGCUUAGUCACCUUAGUUUGGUCGUUGCCUGUAUGAUUGGGUUUAAUGGGGAGCUUCUCUAUGGAUACUCUGACUCGCACAAGCCGAUAGUGCUCCUCUAUAUUUUGGGUAAUCUAAACCCUCUUUUUCUCUCCUUGUACUUUUUAUUUCUUUGUUGUUGUUCGCAUGUCGGGUUCGCACACCGCGAUGAUGGGGAGGAACAACUUCGCCGUGAACAAAUGCGGUUGGGUUUAUGCGUCAAAAAGUAA